AUGACAAUGGCUGCUUCUCAAAUUCCUUCAAAGGCUGUCACCGGCUAUAAUGUUGGCGAAAUCAAGGCUAAAGGAGCCUUCAGCUCCGAAAUCACGUUCGCCAAGGCCGGCUUGUCUCUGUCGGACAUCAUCAACUCCCAGUACCCGCAGAGCUUGGAGAUGAUGGAGCGCCCUGGAAUGCAGCUCAAAUAUCUUCCCACCCGUUUUGAUGAAGUCACCGGUAAGCUCCUCACCGGCGGAGCCUAUCUAUUCGACAAGUGGGAAGAAGCUGUCGACUAUAGCCAUUGGACGACCAAUGAGUAUACAAUUGAUGAGGAAGGAACAAAGUUCUGGAGCCAGUCGGCGUUUGAUUCACCUGUGCGCUUUGCUUGGAAAGUCAUUGGUGCUUAUAAUUUCGCCCCUAUCGAGCAUCAUGCUAUUGGACACUUCAAGCGCUGGUCUUAUACCUCCAAUAAUAUCGAGGCUUAUCUGCAUGAGGUUUAUCCUCAAAUCAAAUCUAUUGCAGAAGCCCAGGGGGCAGUUGCUGUUUGGUUGAUGCAUCAACCUGAGGAUAAGAUGAUCGCCAUCCAGCUGGCAUAUCGCAAACCUGCUGUAGGGGUUUCUCUCAACGACUAUCUGGUUCAAGUCAAGCAGAAAUCUGGUUUUGACCGGGUGUUGGCAACGAAGCUUACAGCGUUAGUAGAGUUUGAUCGUGUCAGUAUCCUUUUGACCAUAUGGCUCCCCCUUUCUCUGGCAAAGGGUGGAGCCGACCAUACAGUCCCGAACUACUCAGUGGUUCCAGCCAUUCAGACAGGUACUGCCUAGUUAAUAGGUUACUUGGCGGCAAACGGAUGAGAGGCCAUAAUGGAGGACAAGAAUAUAACAAUACUUAUUGCACUCCAAUGCUGAGGAUAUCGGCAUCAACUGUCUUACCUAGUUCAAACCGUUCAUAUAGCUGAUACAAACG